CGGUGCGGCUCCCGGAAAGGAACCGAUCCUCCAGGAAGCCGGGUCUGUGUGGCUGCCGCUGCCGCCGCGCUGCGGUGGCCGUGAUGCGUUCCGCUUGCAGCUUCCAGCUGCCAGGGGCCCCGGCCGCCAAGUCGGGCGCUGCGAGCAGGAUUGACAGUGAGAAACUGACAGACAUUGAACCAUGACCCCAUGAGUUUCACUCCACUAAAGAAUGUUCAACUAAGGAGGGCCCCACUAACUGAAAUCAUGAGUUAAUGGAUCUCUCUGGUGGAAUGCUCUAACUCCAGGAGGACCCCAUCGUUUCUGUAGUGGUGUGUGAGGACUGACUCCUAGAACAUUGCCCGGUCUGUGACCCAUCAGCAUGGGGAGGAUCGGCAUCUCCUGUCUUUUUCCUGCUUCCUGGCAUUUUAGCAUCUCUCCAGUGGGGUGUCCUCGAAUUCUGAAUACCAAUCUACGCCAGAUUAUUGUUAUUAGUGUUCUGGCUGCUGCUGCUUCACUUUUAUACUUUUCUGUUGUCAUAAUCCGAAAUAAGUAUGGGCGGCUAUCCAGAGACAAGAAGUUUCAAAGGUACUUGGCACGAGUUACUGACAUUGAGGCCACAGACACCAAUAACCCCAACGUGAACUACGGUGUCGUGGUGGACUGUGGUAGCAGUGGGUCUCGGAUAUUUGUCUAUUGCUGGCCGAGGCAUAACGGCAAUCCUCACGAUCUGCUGGAUAUCCGCCAAAUGAGGGAUAAAAACCGAAAGCCAGUGGUUAUGAAAAUAAAACCCGGCAUUUCAGAAUUUGCUACCUCUCCGGAGAAAGUCAGUGAUUACAUUUCUCCACUCUUGAACUUUGCUGCAGAGCAUGUACCACGGGCAAAACACAAAGAGACACCUCUCUACAUUCUCUGCACAGCUGGAAUGAGAAUCCUUCCCGAAAGCCAGCAGAAAGCCAUCUUGGAAGACCUUCUGACCGACAUCCCCGUGCACUUUGACUUUCUGUUUUCUGACUCUCAUGCAGAAGUAAUUUCAGGGAAACAAGAAGGUGUGUAUGCUUGGAUUGGCAUUAAUUUUGUCCUUGGACGAUUCGAGCAUAUUGAAGAUGAUGAGGAGGCAGUUGUGGAGGUUAACAUUCCUGGCAGUGAAAGCAGGGAAGCCAUUCUCCGUAAAAGGACAGCCGGUAUUCUCGACAUGGGAGGCGUGUCGACCCAGAUAGCGUACGAAGUUCCCAAAACUGUAAGCUUUGCCUCCUCACAGCAGGAAGAAGUCGCUAAGAACUUGUUGGCUGAAUUUAACUUGGGAUGUGAUGUUCACCAAACUGAGCAUGUGUACCGGGUCUACGUGGCCACAUUUCUUGGGUUUGGUGGCAAUGCUGCUCGACAGAGAUACGAAGACCGGAUAUUUGCCAACACAGUUCAAAAGAACAGGCUCCUGGGGAAGCAGACUGGUCUGGCUCCUGACACCCCAUACCUGGACCCUUGCUUACCCCUGGACAUUAAGGAUGAAAUCCAGCAAAAUGGGCAGACCAUGUACCUCCGGGGAACAGGAGACUUUGACCUGUGCCGAGAGACCAUCCAGCCUUUCAUGAAUAAAACAAACGAGACGCAGACCUCCCUCAACGGGGUCUACCAGCCCCCCAUUCACUUCCAGAACAGCGAAUUCUAUGGCUUUUCGGAGUUCUACUACUGCACUGAGGAUGUGUUACGAAUGGGGGGGGACUACAACGCUGCUACUUUUACUAAAGCCGCAAAGGAUUAUUGUGCAACAAAGUGGUCGAUCCUGCGGGAACGCUUUGACCGAGGACUGUAUGCCUCACACGCCGACCUCCACAGGCUAAAAGUUCCCCUGUCCGUCCCUUGCCUGUUGAAGUCCUGCCCAGACCUCAGAGUCAGGUAUCAGUGCUUCAAGUCUGCCUGGAUGUUUGAGGUGUUCCAUAGGGGCUUUUCGUUUCCUGUCAACUAUAAAAACUUAAAGACAGCCUUACAAGUUUACGAUAAGGAGGUUCAGUGGACCCUCGGAGCAAUCCUUUACAGGACCCGGUUUUUACCGUUAAGGGAUAUCCAGCAGGAGACCUUCCGGGCCAGUCACGCUCACUGGAGGGGCUUCUCCUUUGUCUACAAUCACUACCUGUUCUCGGGCUGCUUCCUGGUGGUCCUGCUCUCCAUCCUCCUCUACCUGCUGCGGCUGCGGCGCAUUCACAGGCGGACGCUGCGUGGCGCUUCGACCACCACCCUCUGGCUGGAGGAAGGCCUGCCAUCCCAGAAGAUGGCCGCGUGAACUCAGGGACGGGAGUUCGAGAGCCCAGGAAGACUUUCUGAAGGAAAAGCCAUUUUUGCCUCAGGGUUUCUCCUGCUUAUUCUCUUUCGGCUUUGUUUUUGCUUUCCCUUUUUUGUUCCUUGCAACAAAAACAAACUCCGUUGUCGUCAGCUCUGCCUGUCCAGAAAGUGUUGCGGUUAGCCGUUCUGGAUACAGGUUUAAGUGGAGGAAAAAGGGAAAAUGACUUUGUUUUUGCUGCAUAGGAUACCGACUAAGAUUUUUGGCUUUUCUCUGAGGGAUGUUAAAUUUUAAACCGCUGCACUUUGCCUUUGGAGGGAAUGGCAAAGCCGUUUCCCAUCAGUGGUGGUGGCACUGACGAGUGUCGCGUUCUCAGAACCAGAACCCGCCCGGCGGAAAUCGCAGUCCUCCUUUUGUCCGUCUCAAAAGCUCUAAGCUGAAGAGGGUGGUGUGUAGUUUUCACUUACUGUUCAGGUCUGUCACUACAUGUUUUCUUUGUGGGCUGAAAAACUCAAAGCCAUUUAUACCCAAGACGGAGAAAGGCAGGCACCAGGAGGUAACUGUUUCUAAAACUGAUAGUCCUGGAAGAUGUGAAAUAACGACUAGAGCAGUGCACAUGUGUGUGUGAGAGAGUGUUUUGUGUGUGUGUGCGAAAAAGUGAGAGAGAAUGCGUGUGUGAGAGAAAGUAUGAGAGAAUGUGUGUGUGUGAGAGAGGGAAAGAAUGUGAGAGAGAAUGUGUGUGUGAAACAGAGAAUGUGUGUGUGAGAAAGUGUGCGUAUGAGAGUGUGGGAGAGAAGCGUGUGUGUGUAGGAGGAAGAGUGUGUGUGAGAGAGAGGGAAUGUGGGUGCAUGAGAACAAUGCUAAGGGUAGAGGAUGAGAGAAUGCAGUGCUCUUUCUUUCAAAAGCACACACACUUCAAAAUUUAUUGUUUCAUUUCUUUUUAUGUAGAAAAAUCCCCAUUACCAUUCAUGCAUUGUCUUUCCUCACCACGGGUAAUGACUUUCUCAGUCGCACCUUUCAGCAGCCUUAGAACAUUAUGUCCUUGAGUUGGAAAAUCCCUCAAGUUUCGCCGCUUUCGACAUCGUUAGAACUGGAGCUCGUGCCUACUGACAGGCACGUCCGCAUUUCUCAGUGGUACGUCUUUCGGGGCUUAAUUGUGCUCUAGUUUCCUCCAACUUCGAGUUGGUGUUCCCCUCCUUAAUUAAAAAUGGUCUCAGUGGUUUUAUUUUGGAGACCCCCAUGCUUACAGGUUCUCUGUAUUACGGCCAUGAUUGAGGCCAUGGUUGUUAAUACCACUGUAAAUCCGGACGAAGAGAAGGGUCUGACUUCAACAAGAAAUAAACUCACAUUUUGAGAAAACGGGUUCGACAUUUUAAACAAAGACCUAAAGAGGACAGCUGGAUUGGUGUAUGUGAGAUCGGUGGUUUUACACCUAUUCAUUUUGUUUAGAAGCUUUGGGAAUUCUCAUACCUAGUUUUUUUAAGUGAAGUUCUUUUUAUGAGUGUGUGUGUGUGUGUGUGUGUGUGUGUGUGUGCGUGCUGUUUCUUAGAACAGUGAAAUUCAGUUGGUUGGUAGCAAAUGUUUAUUUUGAGAACCAUCAGCUGCUUUUUCAGACUUCGUUGAUUAGAGAAAGGAUUCAGAUCCUGGAGCCCUUAUUUAAGUUAGAUUUUUAUCUUGUUUAUUAUUUAAAACAUGGCAUACUGUAUCUUGAUGACUUGAAAAGAUUACAAAUGUAUAAAAGAAACGCAAAUUCUCUUA